AUGAAGACUCCCGCCUCUCUGGCACGGAGGGUUUAUUGCACCGAAGGCAGCUGCCUGUCAGCCUGCUCGUCUGCAGAGUCGGUGAGAGGCUGCGGGAGGGAUCCCACCUGGAAGCGCACAUCUUGUUGCUCCUGUCUGUAUGCGCCGAGGAUAUGUGGCGUAGGGCUGGAUUCGCCCUUCUACGUUUCGGAUUAGACUGCUCGGCUGGCAAUGGGCCGCUGCGGUAACACACUUCGAUCCUAAUCGGCGCUUGUUGUCGCCGCCCUUCCACAUGAGAAGUUUGACAGAAGAAGCGCACUGAGCUGCGGAGGAAGAGGAGGAGGAGGAGGAAGGAGGGAGACCCUGGCUGCGCUGCUCGGGAAAUCCGAGCAGCUCAAGCGAGUCGAGACCAAGAAGGACACUGAGGGUUGCAUGCCUGCUAAGGAGACGCAAAGACAUAUCUGGAGAAUGGAGGACAGAAGCGAGGAAGACGUUGCGCAGGAGAACGGACGAAGUGACGGGACCAACGGGAAACCCAGCGGCUCUCCCUGCACCAGUCUGAGGAUGUUUUUGGUAGCAUUAUCAUUUGCCUAUUUUGCAAAAGCUUUGUCGGGGAGCUACAUGAAGAGCACAAUAACUCAGCUGGAAAGGCGCUUUGACAUCCCCAGCUACCUAAUAGGAGUCAUUGAUGGGAGCUUUGAGAUAGGUAAUUUGUUGGUGAUAGCUUUCGUCAGUUACUUUGGUGCCAAACUUCAUAGGCCAAAAAUUAUUGGUUUGGGAUGCUUACUGAUGUCUUUUGGCACCUUCAUCAUCGCUUUGCCCCACUUCAUCAUUGGACGCUAUGAGUAUGAAACAUCGGUGAGAUGGGUGAUGAACUCGACGCAGAACUCAUCCCCCUGUCGGGGGGAUUUACCAGAGGACCUGACACAAACUGGUAGAUCACCUCAAGUGCCGUCCACAGGCUGUGAAGGCGAGUCCAACUUAUCAAUGUGGAUAUAUGUGCUCCUGGGCAAUGUCUUGCGGGGGAUUGGGGAGACACCUGUUCAGCCACUGGGGAUCUCUUACAUAGAUGAUUUCGCUACAGAGGAGAAUGCUGCACUUUAUGUCGGCUGUGUGCAGACCAUCUCUGUCAUUGGGCCUGUGUUUGGAUACCUGUUAGGCUCCCUUUGCGCCAAGAUCUAUGUGGAUAUCGGGUUUGUGACGAUGGAGAGCAUCACCAUUACACCAGCAGAUGCCCGGUGGGUGGGUGCCUGGUGGCUGGGCUACCUCAUAGCCGGAGUUAUAACCCUGCUCUCUGCCAUCCCGUUCUGGUUUCUGCCUCGGUCUCUGCCCAAAGCUGGUUCCAGGGUCCCAAAGAAGGGCCUUCAGGAGGAAGCAAGUUUCACCAAAGAUGCUCCUCAUCCUAAGUACAAGUAUCAAGCAGAGGAACACACCAGCUUUACAGAAAUGGCUAAAGACUUUAUUCCAACCCUGCGAACUCUACUGGGACACCCUGUGUAUGUGAUCUACCUGUAUGUGGUAGUCAUCCAGCUGAACUCUCUCAUUGGCAUGGUCACGUACAAGCCCAAAUACAUCGAGCAGCAUUUCAGGCAAUCUGCCUCCAAAGCUAACUUUCUCAUGGGUGUGAUCAAUAUCCCGGCUGUGGCCCUGGGGAUGUUUUCUGGUGGUCUGCUGAUGAAGAGGCUGAAACUGAACAUCAUGGGAGCAGCAAAGUUUGCUUUUUGCACCUCCUUGAUUGGAUACGUCCUAUCCAUGUUCUUUUUCGCAAUGAGCUGCGAAAACGCCAAAGUAGCUGGAGUGACGGUGUCAUACAACAACCUGGACGCCGUGUCUUAUGACAAACACUCACUUUUCAUGCCCUGCAACUCAGACUGCUUUUGUUCAUCGAGCGAGUGGGACCCAGUCUGUGGGCAGAAUGGCAUCACAUAUGUCUCUCCAUGUCUAGCCGGUUGCACCACUUCCACAGGCUCAGGGAAAAACACAGUCUUCUCUAACUGUAGCUGUGUCGGUGUGGCUGUUAACUUUACAGCCGGUACAGGUCAGUGCCCCGACAAGGACGACUGCGACAGGAUGUUCCCAUACUUCCUAGCUCUCUCUGUCAUCACGUCCUUCAUCAUCUCGCUUGGUGGGACUCCAGGCUACAUGUUUCUCAUCAGGUGCAUAAAACCACAACUGAAAUCUCUGGCACUUGGUUUCCAUGCCUUGGCAACACGAACUCUUGCAGGGAUCCCAGCACCCAUCUACUUUGGAGCAAUCAUAGACACCACAUGCCUCAAAUGGGGUCAGAAAAGAUGUGGAGGCAUUGGAGCCUGCAGAAUCUACAACACCACCGCCUACAGGAUAGCUUAUCUGGGCCUGACUCUGAGCCUGCGGACUGUCUCGUUCAUUAUCUGCAUCCCGGGCUUCGUCCUGCUCAGUCGACAGCUGAGGCAGGAGGAGAAAAAAAGCGCCCUACGCGGAGCCCUGGCAAACGGUGGGACCGAAUUGGAGGCGAUCAGGAAGGAGGAACUGGUGAUUUUGAAUUGUGAUCAGGUAGUGCACGCGACGGAGAACAGCACGGACAGGCACAGCCAGUUGUGACUGCUCACAAGCAGAAAAGACUCUACGUCUCUGUCCUUAUUGCUAAGAGAGUACAUCCAAAGUAUGUACCUCAUAUAUAUAUAUAUAAAAAAGAGAUUUUCAGGGAAUCACAUGUUGUGUUCAAUCAUCUCAUGUAGACCAUAAAAAUCUAUAUUUGUACUGCUGAAUGUGUGAAGGUGUUGAGAACCUGGCAGAGAUCUGACUCGCCUGACAUAUUUAUGGAAUGUACAUUCUGCUGUUUUUCUUCGACUUUCGAUCCGGACACAAGGCUGCGACUGGAAAUGAAACUGGGACGUGGUUGGCCGCUACAAAACAGUCCAGUUUGUUUUAAACACCAGCAUCUAUCGAGCUGCCUCUGUAGAUAGUGAAGUUAAAUGAAAGGGGUUCUCCCUGUUGUCAGUGUUACUAAACAAAAGAGGUAAAGUGGCCUUAGAAAUCAGAGGGACAAGAGGCUAAGAGACAUUUUUUUUUUUUUUUACUGGUUUGGUCAAAUUCUUGGGAGGUUUUUGAGGGUAUGCACCGGUUGAUGUCAUGUUAAGGACUCAGUACGUGCCUCAUUCAGCCAAUGGUUACCUCCGUGUGCCACCUGUCCCCCCCCCAAUUCACAUGUGAAAUUAUCAGUUUUAAUUUUUUACAUUUCGAGCUGCCGGUCUUUAAACUUGUGUAGAAAAGUGGUUGAAAUUUUAAGUGUAAUUUAAAAAAAAAAAAAAAGAGGCCCACAAAGUUUGAUUUGAUUGUAUUACGGUUUGUGUUGUGUCCUUAUAGUGAAAAAAAAUAGCAAUUUUGGAGUUCAUAGUUCACUUCAAAUUAACAUUUGUGUUUAAAUAUAAUAUAGUCAUAAAUUUAAAGAGGUUCAGAUAUUAAUAUCCACAAUCCCCGCAGUGACAGCUGUAAUCUAAUUCUCUUGAGAAAACACCUCACACUGACCGAUUUUAAACACUUAGGGUUCCUAUUUAGGAGCCAUAAUGGUUCCUAUAAAAAGCUGUUAAUUAUUGUGUUUAAUGCAAAGUAUUUUAUGUGGCUACACCUGUUUAUUGGUAUACUCUAUGUUGAGUGUUUUUAGGGGUGGGUUAAAGUAUGUGAAGUGGAACCGCAGGGAGUAUUUCUGUAUGUUUCGCUCCUAUAUUUUUAGUGAUUGUUGAAUAUGCUCCCUCGGGUUUGUUGUUUUUGUAUUUCUCUGUGUGACUGAGGUCAUCCGUGCCAAAAUCCAGAAUCAUUCUGAUCUCUCAGGUUUUAUUCCCAGAUGAAGCUUGCUCUCAAGAAUAAGAAGCCAUUUUUGUUAAAUUGACAGUUUCUCAAAGUAAUAUCAGUAACUGUGAAAUAAAUGUUUUCAGAAUACUUGAAAAUGCACCUAACAUUUUAACUUAGAAAAUUAGAAAAAUACCAAAAUUUCCUGCCUUAAGAUUGUAAAUUCACAAAAGUAGACUGGUACAAUGGACAGGUCUGGCUUGCUUAUUUUGUUGUCUAAUCUCUCAGAAAGAAUAUAACAGAUUAUUAAAGUGUAACCAUAAUUUAAACCUAUUAUCUGAAAAUUAUUUGACAACAUCUGCGACGGACUGGCGACCUGUCCAGGGUUUACCCUGCCUCUCGCCCAUUGACAGCUGGAGAUAGGUACCAGCACUCCUCAAGACCCCAACAGGGAUAAGCUGUAGGAAAAUGGAUGGAUGGAUUGAUAUUUGUUGACGUCAUAAAAUAGUUGGAUAAUUUCAUUUAUCAAGAAAAUAAAACAGACUUCUUUUGCAUCUAGAAAUCCCUGCACAUCACUAAUGAAAUGUUCAAUUAAUCAAAAGAAGACUCUUUAUGAACAGAUUUACAAUUAUUUUACAGUUCCAGUGACUUCUGAAGAAUAACUUUGUCCCCCUAUGAGUUUCUUAAUAUUAGGCUUGCAUGUUUCAGAAGGUUUCUGGUCAGAUCAUGCCACAG